UCUCGUCCCGGGGGCAUCCUGCAGAUGACCCGCCGCAGUCGCCCGGCUGCAGCUCCCACCGACGUAGCCAUCUUUACUUGGGGCAGCGACUUCACGGGGUCAAAGGGCACAUCGGGUACUGAACACAGUGAUUUUCUGGAAUCUAAGGCAUGCUUUGCCGAUACAACAUCCUCUAGCAAAAAGAUCAGCCCGUUAUCUUCUGUCGAAGCAGGUCUAAGUGCCAGUGAGUCUCCAGACCUCUGCAGAAUAUCUGUUCACCUAGACUCUGCUGCAGAUUUGGAUCUGAAAUCCUCUUCCUCACAUUCUGAUCAUUCCUCUGAAGCCUCAUUGCCUGAAGUCCAAAAGGAUAAAUAUCCUGUGGAAUUCAGCCUGCUUAAAUUGCAGACAAAAGAUGGGCAGCGUCCUGAGUGGACAUUUUACCCGAGGUUUAGCAGCAAUAUCCACACCUACCAUGUCGGAAAGCAGUGCUUCUUUAACGGGCUCUUCCUCGGCAACAGGAGGUCUCUGUCAGAGAGGACAGUGGACAAGAGCUUAGGGAGGAAGAAAUAUGAUAUUGAUCCCAGGAAUGGAAUACCAAAGUUAACUCCAGGAGAUAAUCCAUAUAUGUACCCAGAACAGAGUAAAGGCUUCCACAAAGCAGGAUCAACUCUCCCACCAGUGAAUUUUUCAACAGUGUCUUAUGAAAAGAAAUGUGAUACAUUUAUUCCACUUGAGCCUCUUCCACAAAUUCCCAACUUGCCUUUCUGGGUGAAGGAGAAGGCCAAUAAACUGAGGACUGAGAUAAGAGAAGUUGAGGAGCUUGACAACUGGCAGCCAGCAGUCUCCUUGAUAGACAGUUUAGUCCCUGCUGGUGGGUUAAAGAACCUUCAAAAAGUAGCAUUAAAACUAUAGACAAGCCCAGAACAACAUCUUUUGAGAGGCUUGGAAGUGGAGAGAAGGCAAAGAUGCUCCAGAGUGGAUGGUGUCCUUUGCCUGGGAUGGUCUCUUGGGCAGAUGUCAUGGCUUUGUGUCACCAGUUGAGUGUGUUGGUGGAGAACUGUCAGUCUUGUAAUGGCACACGACCUUUAACUCCACGCCUCUAUCCAUAGGUUCUUUGGACUUUCCAAGACAAUUCUGAGCAGAACCAGGCCCACAGAAUGCACUGACUGCACUCUGGACAGCCUCUUCCAGUUGAUGGCUUCUGUCAGUGUCCUUGUUCUCAAUCAAAAGUUGACUUUGAUGAGGAAUCACUGUGCUUUAUUUUUUUAACUUCAAAACUUUUGAAAACUUUCAAACAUACAAAAAUGAACAAACACCUACAUAUCCUUCUUUCAGAGCUACAAUUGUUAACAUUUGCCCAAAUUUGUAUGUGUGCUCUCACUCAUAUAUUAUUACUAUUAUUAUUUUCCUGAAUUAUUUGAGAGUGAGUGGCAGACUUUACUCCCACAUACCUAUAUACUCCAGUAUGUAUCUAUUGAGGUCAAGGAUAUUCUCUACCCAUCACAAUACAAAUAUCAAAUGCAGGGACUUUAACACUGAUACAGCACUAUUUGUACAUAUACAGUUCACAUUUGAUAUCAUUCAGUUUAGUUUAGUUUUUUAAGGAUGCCCUCUGAUCAAUGGUAAAAUGCUGACAUUACGGAGCUUUCAUUACUUUUGGUGAAACUAUUCUCAUUUUUUUUAGUGCCUUUUGAGAUUUUCUCAAUUUCACUUGGUAUGUGUCAGAAAAACGUGAAGGCUGGAUAUUCACUAGGGAAUUAAUACUCUUUCCCUGUAGCUCUACUCCCAUUCUCAGUAUUGUUUGUCUACACAGCCAAGCAAGAUGAGUGAGCUCCCUGAGCACCAGUCAUGAGUCCUAGGGCCUCUCAUCAGGCAAGAAGCAAACACUUGGAAGUAAGUGGGGACAAAAGCGAACCCCACAAGGUUGGGCUGUGACUCUCAACAGGCAAACCAAAUGCCUCUCAGCAUAUUCAUAGCCAGUCGCCUUCUCCACUGAGGAGAUCCCACUGGUUGGCUAAUGAGUGCUGCUGAUCUGUUCUCCCCAAAACCUUACAGCGGGAAGAGAGAAUGGAGCCCAUGCUGAGACUCAGAGUGCCUAAGAUGUGAGACACAGUUUCCUUCCCCGUCAAAACAUUGUCUCCAGACAGAACCUAAGGGAGUGUAGCAGGCUUAGAACAUAGUAUGUUCAUGCUUUCUGCGUACCUUUGGACUAACCAGCAGAGAAUGUGGUGGCGACCACCAACAGUACCUGACUCUGGCUAACACCGGCAUACUUCUGUGCUAAUUCUCUUGCCCUUGUUCCCAACAAAAUCCAGAAAAGAAAAGAAAACCAAAUAGAUUAGGAAAGGAAAAAAAUGAGGUUGCCAACAGAUUUUCUUGAAUACAUUAAUAUCUGAAAUAAACAA